UAUGAGCGCAAACAGACAGAAGAGUCGCUGAGUCGCAGUGAUGUCACUGAUGGUGCUGGGUGGUACUCUCUCCCUCCUCCUCCUCCUCCUCCUCCUAGCCACGCAUCAGCAUCGAUGUCGUCACCGCUCAAGAGCCUGGGAGUGGCAGAGAGGAGGAAAGGAAGUGGAAGAAAAAGAGGAAGAAGGAGGACAAGAAGGUCGAGCAGCCGUAAGCGAUUUCCGGGAUUUCCUUCAACUCGCCACUGGCAAGCAUCCUGCAGCCUCCAGCAGCAGCAUGGCUGACGGCCCUGUGUCGACAUCAGAGGUGGAGACGUCCUUCCGAAAGUUUGCCGUUCAUGGUGACAGCAAGGCGACGGGGAAGGAGAUGAACGGCAAGAAUUUUGCCAAGAUCUGCAAGGACUGUCUCAUCACUGACGGCAAGAAUGUCACCACCACAGACGUUGACAUCGUCUUCACCAAAGUCAAGUCCAAGUCAGCUCGUGUAAUCACAUUUGAGCAGUUCAUCAUGGCUCUGACUGAGCUGGGCCCUAAGCGCUUCAAAGGCAAGAGCAAAGAGGAAGCGCUCCAGCUCCUCUAUGGUCUCAUUGUUGGCAAGGAGCCUGCCAAUGCUGGAAUCACUAGACCGGCAAAGGCAGCGGCUGUGGACAGACUGACCGACACGUCCAAGUACACAGGAACACACAAGGAGCGAUUCGAUGAUUCGGGCAAAGGGAAGGGAAAGGUUGGACGUGAAGACAUCCCAGACACGAGCGGCUACGUCGCAGCUUACAAGGGGAGCGGCUCUUAUGAUGACAAAGUGAAGGAAUCAUAAUCCUGAAGAUACAUAAUACGUAAUUGUGGUCUUUCUAUAUUUUCAGAUAAAUGUUCAUGUGCAAGUAUAUUUUCGAAAGCUGCGCUUAACUUUGUGCCUUAUUAUGUAGCAAUCUAAAAGCAAAAUGCCGUACACAUUCAUACAUUGCAUUUUUGGAAUGGAUAAUCAUGUAUCUGCUGUCAAGCAAUGGAACGCCAGCUUUCUUAUUCCACAUCAUAUGUUGUGGAUUGAUCAUUCCGCUGGUCUGCAUCAAACAAA